CUCCGGACUCUUCGCUCGCGAAACGGCUAGCUGACGUGCGCUCGUGGAGAAGGUUGACCCGACCCCGCAGGCGUCCCCCUUGUUCGCCCGGUCCGUGUCCAUCCCGCGAGUUUCUCUUCUAGAUGUGGCGCCUCUUUCCACAGGUUGUUGAAACUGUAGCUGCCGAAACUCCCGACGAAAUCACCUCCUGACCGCAACGUGGUCAACGCAUUGCAUGUGUACAUACACACGAGCCCCUUUGGCGUAACGCAGCGUAUGCUGGCGGAGCCGGUUCUUUGACAGUUAGUAGAAGGUAUCUGCCUUUGAUUUUCCCGCGAACAAUUUCGUUGCCGCCUCAUCUCAGUUGUGUGUUCUUCCUCCCACGAGACCAUUCCACCCGCGAACGUGGUGAAAUUGGUGUGUGCGUCGGCAUUUUCGUGAUAGCGACCGCGCCGCCGAGGCACGGACGACGAACCGCUCGAGUAGUUCAGAUCUCCCCUUUUCGGCGACGAGAGCCAUCUGCGUUUCUUCUCCCAAACCGUAUUCCAGGCGCGUUUCCCGCUGGUUCUCUGAACCCCGGCAUCACGAGAACUUAACGGGCACUUCGACAUUUUCAGCCCUCUGUCGGGGCUUGGACCCAGAGUUCCGUGAGGCGCAAGUGCUGCAGGUCCUCCGGGUGGAUUUUUCCGCGAUCUGCGCACAUUGGUCCACACGAUUUCCACCCUUGUCGUUUCUGCGUUUGCAUCUGAUGACUUUCGACCCUGUGCGCCAUCGAAGAACGUGCACGGCUACCCGAGCAAGCUGUUGAGACUCCCCGAGAACCUCGUUGUUCGGUAAAAACGUACCAAGUAUCUCAACCCACUUGCUGCCGCACUAGUUUCCCCAACAUGAUUGCAGGUUCCCUCCCAACUGUGCCUGUGGCCAGGCGGCCAAGGCGCCUCUUUAUUCUGGCCGUCGUUACUUCGCUGUUGUGGCAAACUGUGCAUCAGAACCGCCUCUCGCUCCUGCAAUUCGCCGCUGCCAUCGCCCCCACCCACGGCACCCGCACGCAUCUCAGCGGCGCCGCAGCGCCACAGCCGUUGCACCGCAGUCACCACGCUGGACGCACAUCUACAGAAUCUGCAGUUUCAGAGAAGAUUGCACCUGUAGGCGGGUCCGAGAAGGCAGCGUCACCACUCUUGGGAGCAGAGAAGAGUGUAGAUCCUCUGGUCGCGGUUUCCUUUGCCUCGACCCGCGCGUCGGUGAGCGCGAGCGCGACGAUGGAGUUCCGCUGCUAUCGAUACCAGAAAGGUUCGGGUGCAACCACAGUGGAGACUCGCGAAGACAUUGUGGCGGAAGAAGACUGUCAGCGGGCGUGUCGGACUCGAAAAGAGUGUACGCAUGCAGAGUUGAACAAGGCGCAGCGGAAGUGCCACCUGAAGACGGGAUAUUUCGACAUCGUUGACGGAGACACCGACACAGUGACCGUGCCGCGAAGUUGCUCGAGUUCGUGCUUCUCAAAGAACACGCACGCAAGCAUACAGGAGAUUCUCAGUCCGAAAGAGAUGUACAGCCCCUUCGACUGCCUCAUCUGGUGCACCACGCAGCCCCAGUGCAAGUACUGGGACUACAACAUUCUCAACAGCAAGUGCUACUUGAAGCCGGAAGCCGGUUUGAACGCGAAAAAGGAAAUGACGGGCUCUGUCUUCGGCUCCAGUGAGUGGUGUCCGGACGACGACGCCGGCGACUCGUCCGUGGCGCAAGGCUGGAACAAGUCGGGGUCCUGCAUGCACCCGCAGAACAGCAAGGCAAGUGGCACCCCCUUGAAGGAACUCGCCAACACAAGCAACGCCGACUUGUGUCAGAAACACUGCAAGAAGAUGCCGAGCUGCAGAUACUUCACCUUCGACCGGAACAGCAAGUUCUGCAGUCUGCUCAACGGCAGCAGGGUCGAAGUGACCGAGGCCCAAGGUUUCGUCUCGGGGCCGCGAUCCUGCAAUCAAAGCUGCUUCCUGGAGGGACAAAAGUAUCAAAGGGGAGAAAUGUCUUCCGAGAAGGUGUACAGCGCCCUCGACUGCCAGGUCUUGUGCCAGACCACGGAGGCCUGCGAAUACUUCUCCUUCACGAAAACAUCCAGGCUGUGCCAGCUCUUCAACAGCGACGCCAAGUCCACAGAACUCGCGACCUCCGGCACGACUUCUGGCCCCAAGGACUGGUGCUCGUAAACCGGCAGUCAUCCGCGGGGUCAAGAACGAGAGGGUCUUUUCGAUGCCUCUGGGCUCCCCGCCUGGAUCUCGGCUGUAGUGCGUGAAGGUCCACACACACACACUCACAAGCACGGAUUUGUUCGAGCAAAGGAGAAACACGAUCCACGUCAAACAGACGGGCCGUCGGGAUCUCCGCCGGUGGGCAAAGCAGCCUGCAAGACGGACCGCAGACGAACGAGACUGGGGAAAGGGAGGAGUCCCGACGUCUCGCAGAACAGAUUGAAGAGAUCCAGCGAAUGGAAGACUACGCAUGCAGUCGACAGUCAGCGAAGCAGACUGUUGCGAGGAAGUCGCAAACAGGGAACCACGGAACGAAACGCGUAGGAGUUCACUUUUCUAGCUCAGAUGUGUUACGGAAGAGCUCAGGUUAACAAAGGAAAGAACGCGUCGCUGCAAACCAGGUGUCGCGACACCGGGACAAUGAAGCAGCAUGUGGCGGACAGGCCUGCCGCCUGAAGAGCGUCCGUUAUGACCGACAGCCGACUUGGCGUAAUGACAACAUGUUAUUGCAAGUGGCGGAGCUUCUCGUGCCAGGGGCUUCCGCGUUUGACACUUCCAUUUUUGCCCCAAGCGUCGCCCAGAUGCUUCCUGCGAAGGCCGGCCUUCUCAGAGGUCGAGGGGAAGAAAUGCCAAGAUGCUGAACUCUCGGCGGCGGUUGUAUAGGCGUUGUUUUUUACAUGGGCAACACUGCGUACGGGGGCUUACUAUCCGCGGACGCGCGCCGUCGGUGGACGGUGUUUCCGGGAGUUAAAAAGAAGUGGGUGCUGCAGAGCUCCCCAGCUUUUCAUGGUACGUUUCUUCGGGGAAGGGCCGACCCAUCAAGGGCCGAGAGUACCCUAAACAGGAACAUUUUCUGCUGUUCAAUCCUUUUCUUCGCUCCCGCAACUGGACGCGGACUACAAAGACACACCAAGACACUAUACCACCUGAUGAAAAUUCA